AUGCCAGCGUUGUACCAAAAGUGUCCUUUGAAGCAACGCCGGGCAACAACAGGCUGUUUUGACUUAUCCCGACAAGGAGACGUUGACAAUUUGCUCAACAUACUUGAAAAUGGGACUUUAUCUGAUAUCGACGAAGAAAGUGAUGAUGAAAUUCUACAGAAUACUUCAAAAUGGCCGCCUCGUGAAGGCAACGGUUCCAUUUGUAAGAUACAUGAGAAAGAUAUUCUGAUUUACUCGCAGUGCAGCAGAUUCGCUGUUAAAAUGGGACAGCCACUAAACAACAGUAAGAGAAGUCGUCCAUCUUUAGGAAGUAGCAGCCCCACAAGCAUUCCAACAUCUACACAAACUCGACGACGCAAGUUGAAGUGGGGCCAAUACCUGAAGUUCACUGUUGAUCAUUUGCCAGAAUACGAUAAAAAAGGAAGCUACUAG